AUUGAAACCAACCCUAAGCUCAUUUUAUCUCCACUUUAAAGGUAACCCUGAUUAUUGCUGACUUAAGCAUCGGAGUGUCUACCCUAAGGAUCUACCUUGGGGCUUUGCAGGUCCAUCUGGAGUGUAGACGCGGACUGAAGAAGGACUUCUGGUUUGACGCAAUUACAUUUGGUGCCGUCUAUGGGAAUCCGAACCGAAAGCUCUCUUGUUGCUCUCAUCAUGGUUAACACUCGAUCAGUCCGAGCUGGAAACUCAUCCCAGCCUCUUGGAUGAGGUCAGGUCCCCAGCAACCUUCCACCUCAUCUCCCACCUCCGAUCCCAAAUAUGUUCCCUCCUGUUGAUCAUGCAAAAGGAGGAGAUGAAAACCAACCACACAAUUCAGCUCACAACUCAACUUCUAUUGCCAACCAAGACCUUUUAGCGCGGAAUAACCCUGGUGAUCCCCUCAUCAAUUUACUUAAUCCUGCUCCACAACCCCUAGCUCCACAACAAAACCCUAAACCAGCUCAGCAUGCUUUUGCUCUUAGUGAAUCUCAGGGCCGAUCUCACAUAGCACCAUCUCUGCAACCCCUUCCUAAUGAUGUCACUCGACGUCUAGACAACUUAGAAAAGCUAGUAGCUGAACAGCAAGUUGCCCCACCUCCACACCAUGCUACUGACUCCAUACCACACCCUCUAAACACCAACAUCACGUUGGUACCCUACCCUGCUGGCUUCAAAAUACCCCAGCUUGAGACUUAUGAUGGGACGAAGGAUCCCGAUGAUCACCUACAUGCUUUCUACUCUUGUAUGCAAGCUCAGAACGCCUCUGACGCGCUGAUGUGCAAAAUCUUUCCCUCUACUCUUCGAGGUAAUGCUCAAACCUGGUAUUAUAGUCUACCUCCGAGGUCGAUUAGCUCUUAUACAAAAAUGGCAUUUGCUUUUGCCACAAAGUUUUCCAGUAGAAAGUUGAUCAGUAAAACUACUUCUGAGCUGAUGCGAGUUAAACAGAGGGACGAAGAGUCUUUGAAGAAUUACAUGAGCAAAUUCAAUGAUGCCGUACUAGAGAGGCCAACUCCCUCUAAGAACCAAAACCCAGACUGGAGAGAUGAGAAUCCGAGCAGGAAACGGAUAAGGACAGCACAGAACUGAGAUCCGAUG